UACAGAUAUAUCACCCAAGUAACGCUCCGAAACCGUUGACUCAGGCAUAGGCCUUUUAUGCGUCAACGGAGCGUUGCGCUGCGAGUUAUACCUGAACUCGCAAUAAUAAAAGGCAUGUUAUUGCAAAUAUAGAGAGUAUACACAAUGUCGAAAGCUGUAUACGCCAAGCUGUGGAUGGCUACAUCCCAGUAUCAUAUGAGGAGGCAGUUCGGAUGGGUCCAUGUAUGGAAACGACUGGCUCCAUGGGUUGUAGUAUACGGUGCAGCCGGAGUCUGGCUAACAUUCCCAGCAUACAGACCUGAACUGAAAAAGAGAGUCACUUUGGGCUUCUGGCAGCCUCCUGAAGUUGGUUACAACAAGUGUGUCAUUAAAACCGAAGCACCUGCCGAAUGAUUGCGUAAAAUGACGUACAAAAACAGUAUCGCGAUAUUAAAAACAUGAUAUAAAUUAUAUAUGUUAUAAUCC